UAUUACACAUUUUCUAGUAAAGCAAAAUGGCGACCUUCCUGGGAAGGACAUGUCGGCUCCAGCAACAACUGAAUGGAGCUAGACGAUUUAUCCAGCGCCAUUCUGUUCGAUGUGUAUCAACAUCAGGCAAGAAAGAGAGCAUAUCAGUUACACCCUCCGAUAUUGCAGACGAAACGAAAAGAUCAGAACUUAGCAAACGUUUGGAGGAACAUUUUAGGAAUGACGAUUUGAACUCGCCAAAAAAUCGAAUCAAUUAUGGGUUUGAUGAGACUGAUGCAGACAUGGACAAGUUUCACUAUCAUUCCAUCUGGGGCUUCUGGUUUGUCAUCCCCCUUGUCUUGGGUGUAGCCAUUUUCAACUUUACUUUAAAUGAUUCUGGUCUAUCGAGUUGGUACUUGAGGGAAGCUAGGUUACAAAUUGAAGACAGGGAGAAGAAAGGACUACCACACAUUGAUAUAAACUUUGUUGACCCUAGUAAGAUUCGCCUGCCAUCUGAGGAGGAGCUGGAAACUUUGGAUGUUAAAAUCAGAAUCUAAAGUCCAGAUCUUCAGACUGAAAAAAAAAGUUAAUUUUUUUUUUACAAAUGAAUGUAUGUAUAUUAGAUAACAGAUUGAAUUUUGUCCAGUGGUUUUAAGACUGUUGUGUUGUUGGACAAUAUUAAAAACAUGACUGUCAAAAUGUGUAAA